AUGCCAAUAGAAACUAUUGAAGAUCAUCAUAUUAAAAUAAAGCCUACUUCCAAGCUUAUUGACUUUGUUAAGAAGAUUAAAAGUAAUAAGAGUACACCAGAUAAUAUCAUAGAACUGCAAAAUACUGCAAUAAAUAAGCACAAUUGCUGUCUUCUAACAUUAAAUGAUAUUAAGUGGAUAAAAUCAUAUAUAUCUGAAUUUGAUUCUGGUGAAAAAAUUUGGAUACAUGAGCUUUUAGAAGGAGUUAAUAUCCAAUUACCUAAACCAAAAGUGACACCAAGAAAUCCUGAAUUAGAAGCAAGAAUAAAAAAAUUACAAGCUCAACAAGAUGCUAGAGACUACAAGGCUAUGACUAAAAGUGUUGACUCUUUUAGGAAACAUUUACCAGAAGAUACUAUUGCUUAUCAAAUGAAAAUCAUGAAUUCACAACUUAUUGCAGUUGCUCAGUUUGUAUUUUCUGUGAUAGCUGGCUUUGCAUUUGGUUUCAUUGGUCUUGAAUUAAUCAUUGGCAACCUAGACUUUGGCUUUAGACUGCUACUUGGGAUAAUGUGUGCAUUAAUAAUAGCACUUGCAGAAAUUUACUUUUUAGCAAAAAAACUAAGUGAAGAUUAUGAUGAUAUACCUUCUAGGCCAAUAUCUCAAAAGUUACAUCAAGAAUAAAAUAAUAGGUGUUGUAAUAUGCAUGGUUUUUUGUAAUAUUCAAUCUCUAUGUAACAUUUCUUUACCAAAACGAUUUUAUUUGAAUAAAACAUCUUUUUUUCACUA